CAAGAAAGAUCCAAUUCCUCCCUCAUUCGGGCAUCCAUCUCACUUCGUCUUCAUAAUCACAACACACAGGUAAACCAAAAACUUCCCAAAUAAUAAAACAACAACAAACAGUAAAUAAAUAUAAAAACAGAAGCAAUUAAAAGAAGAUUCCAUUCAAUUCAAUUCAAUCCAAUUUCUCCCCAACUUCUCGCCUCACGCAUGACUUUUCUUUCUUGAUCAACGAACAUAUCCAUGGUCCUCCACCUCUACAAACACAAUAAUAUUGUAAUUAAAGAUCUAAUUAAACCAAUGUUUUCCCUACAAAACUUUAAGUUGGUUGGACCAGUCUCCUUGUAAAAAUAUUUACUAUUGUCCCUAAGAAAAUAAAAAUCCAAAUCCAAAUCCAAAUCCAAACCAAACCCACCUCAAAUUUUCCUACCAUAUUCCUGUUCUUGAUAUCAUCCAACAAAAACCGUGUUCUUAUUAAUGCUAUACAGGUUUCACUGAAGUUUACAUUCAUAUUUUAACAUCUGGGCCUGAACUGCAUUUGGCCAAGGACGACUGCAUCUCUCUUUUGUUUUGGGAUUAACUGAUAAAGUAUUAUUCAUAAAAUCAGAGAAUCUUGAACAAGAACUUUUGUGAAAACAACUUCAUGAUGGGGACAGAACUCAUCAGGCAUCAUGUCAAAGAAGAAACCAUGGAUAUUCCAUCAAUUCCACCAGGGUUUGAAUCGAUUACAGCCUUUUCUCUAAAAAGAGUUGACGACAACAAAGUUUCUGUCCCCAUGAGUGCUUCUGAACAACAUCCAGUCAAGAACGAAUCAGGGAUCCAGCACAAUGAUGAUGAUGAUGAUGAUGAUGAAAAGAUUAAGAGGUCUGUUAGACCUAGACCUUGGAUAAACUAUGGCCGUUUUGAUAGCAAUUCAGGGGAUGAGUCUGAAUCUGAAAAGAACCAAACUUCAAGCAAUCCGAUCUCUAAAGGGGUUAUUCGUGGAUGUGAAAAGUGUAGCAACUGCCAAAAGGUUAUUGCAAAAUGGCGUCCAGAAGAAGCUCGAAUCCCUGAUCUUCUUGAAGCUCCUGUGUUUUACCCAAGUGAAGAGGAGUUUGAAGAUACUCUGAAGUACAUUUCAAGCAUAAGAGAAAAAGCCGAAGCAUAUGGAAUUUGUCGAAUAGUACCACCUUCAUCAUGGAAGCCUCCAUGUCCUCUUAAGGAAAAAACUGUAUGGGAAAAUUCAACUUUUGCUACUCGUAUCCAAAGAGUUGAUAAACUUCAAAACCGUGAUUCAUUGACCAAAAUGUUGACUCCUAAUUACCAUAAGAAAGCGAAAAAAAGAAGAUGUGUGAAAACAGAGUUUGACCAAAAGACUCAUGGGUCAGACCCUGUUGACCCAAUGGUUCCUGAACCUUGUUUUGGGUUUGAACCCGGUCCACGCUUCACACUUGAUGAGUUUCAAAAGUAUGCGGAUGAUUUCAAGACUCAGUAUUUCAGAAGAAACGAAAUGAAUACAAAUCAAGAUUCGUGGGACCCAUCUUUAGAAAACAUAGAGGGUGAAUAUUGGCGUAUGGUAGAACGACCUAGUAAAGAAAUCGAGGUUCUUUAUGGUGCUGACCUGGAAACGGGUACAUUUGGUAGCGGGUUUCCAAAAGAUCCGUGUCAAGUAUCCGGGUCAGAUGAAAAGUAUGUUAGAUCCGGAUGGAACUUGAAUAACUUUCCAAGGCUUCCUGGAUCUUUACUUUCUUAUGAAAGCAGUGAUAUAUCUGGUGUUCUUGUCCCAUGGUUGUACAUUGGAAUGUGCUUUUCAUCAUUCUGUUGGGUGAGUGGAAGAUCGUGA